AUGGAGGAAAAAAGAGGGAUUUCGUCGGAACCGGCGUCGAUUUCUAAGCUUUCGGGAGAUAAGCGUAAAGGAGAUGGAUUAGAGCCGAGAGACGAAUUAGGGUCCAAACGUGCUAAAGUUCGAGAUCUGGAUUCUGAUACUAAAAGCUGUAAUAUGCAACCUGAUACAAAUACUGGAAUUGCUCAGCAGCAGAAACUUAGUAGUGAACAGAUGUCUGUUACUCCUGCUGCUGAAGGUUUGGGAAGGGUAGUGAGAGAAAAGGAUGUUUUGACCAAAGAUGUAAAAUCUUCCAGCUCAAUCUCUAAAGAUAAUAAUAGAUUGGUUGCUAAUUCUGGAAAACAGGCUUUGCCUGAUAAGGAUGUUUUGGCUAAAGAUGAGUCACAACGAGGAGGACAAGUAGAUGCUGUUUCUAAAAAUAGCAGCCUAGUGAAACCGAGGGAUGUUUCUGAAUCUGUUGUUGUUAGUCCACGAGAUCCCGUUAGCGAGAAAGCAGGUCCUUUUCAGAUGAGUGGUGCAGAGACUUCUUUAGAGAAGUCAGAUUCCAUGCGGCGGUGGAUGGAAAUGAAGCGAAACGGUUUUCUCUCUGGCCCUUUGGGUGGAGUAUCAGCACCGAGCUCAGCAGCAACAACUACUCCCGUUGAAGUACCUGCACAAAAGCAACAGAAGAAUAAGAGACGAAGCGAUUCUUUGAAGAAGAAAAACGAAGCUCCUAGUAGGAAGGAACAACAGCAGGUAGAUAGGUUCUCGAAUGUAACGGCACCAAGUGGAUUGCUGACGGAGCUGAACCCUGGGAUCAUUAACCAUGUCAGGAGUAAGAAACAAGUCUGCUCUAUCAUUGAAGCUUUGAUUCGAAAUGCGACUGAUGGGGAAAGAAAUGCCGAUUUGAAUGUAAGAGAUUCAAUCAGAGAAGAUAAGGCAUUAGCCUUUAAGUUACCAUCUUCUGGGGCAUCUGAUCAUGUUAAUUCCUUUACAACCCCGGAACAAGCCACGUCUCUAGCUGUUCAAGCUGCUACCGUAGCAUCUCAAUGGUUGGACUUUCUUCACCAAGACCUCAGUGGACGGCUUGCAGCUGUGCAGGAUAGUAGGAAUAGAGUUCAUAAUAUUUUGACGGCGGAGUUACCUCUUCUCGUUUCAUCAAAAGAGUCGUCUUCUACAACUGUCUCUGGUGAUGUUACUUCUGAUAAAUCAGUAACAGAGACUCAUCAUAUUAAGUGGUCUGCAAAAUUUAAUCAGAUUAAGAAAGCUCUUUGUGAUGAAGAGAAAGAUCUGGAACGUUCGUUAAACCAAGUGAAGGAAAUGCAGUCACGAUGCAAUGAAGGACUAAGACAAAUGGAUGAGUACUCGCCUUUCAGUUCCCAGUCAUCAGAUUCAAGUUUUGGGAAAGAUGGUAGCAAUCUGGAUACUAGUAUGGCGGUUCAGGCGGCUGCAGCUUCCAUUUUUUCAACCUGCAGUUUUCUUCUGUCAAUGAUGAAGCCACCAGCUACUAGUUCCUAA